GGUGCCCCAGGAGGCCUGGCCGGGUCGUGGCCCCUGGCCCGCGCCCGCCACGCCUGCUCCGGUGCCCAAACGGGGCCUCAGAUCCUUGGUGACUCGAUCCCUCCAAAUUCAGGUGAUCUCCCCCGGCUCCAAAUCGCCGAGCCCUCCCAGGUCCCGCGCCAGACGGAGCCGAGCCCCAACCAGGAAGGGCCUCGGAGAGCACCGGGACGCCAACGCCGCCUCCGGGAGCCAGACCUGGGGCGAAACAUGGCGCUGGCUGGGUGCAGCUGGCUCCUCCUCAGCGCCGCGUUCCUGAGCACAGGGGCGGAGAUCGCCAUCACCCCCGAGCCCGAGCAGCCCGCCGAGGGGGACAACGUCACCCUGGCCGUCCGCGGGCUCUCGGGCGAGCUGCUGGCCUACAGCUGGUACGCGGGGCCCACCAUCAGCCUGGCGCACCUGGUGUCCAGCUACAUCGUCAGCACGGGCGACGAGACCCCCGGCCCGGCCCACACCGGCCGGGAGGCCGUGCGCCCGGACGGCAGCCUGGACAUUCAGGGUGCCCUGCCCGGGCACUCGGGCACCUACAUCCUCCAGACUCUCAACAGGCAGCUUCAGACGGAGGUGGGCUACGGACACUUGCGAGUCUAUGAGAUCCUGGCGCCGCCGGUGGUCAUCGCCAACAGCACGGAGCUGGUGGAGCGGCGGGACACCCUGCGCCUGGUGUGCAGCAGCCCCAGCCCCGCCGAGGUGCGGUGGUUCUUCAACGGCGAGGCCCUGCCCAUCGCCCUGCGCCUGGGCCUGUCCCCCGACGGCCGCGUGCUGACCCGGCACGGCAUCCGCCGGGAGGAGGCCGGCGCCUACCAGUGUGAGGUCCGCAACCCGGUCAGCGCCAGCCGCAGCGAGCCCCUCAACCUGAACGUGUACUAUGGCCCGGAGCGCGUGGCCAUCCUGCAGGACUCCACCACCCUCACGGGCUGCACCAUCAAGGUGGACUUCAACGCCUCCCUCACGCUGUGGUGCGUGUCCCGGUCCUGCCCGGAGCCCGAGUACGUGUGGGCCUUCAACGGGCGGGCGCUGAAGAACGGCCACGACCACCUCAACAUCAGCGGCAUGACGGCCGCCCAGGAGGGCACCUACACCUGCAUCGCCAAGAACCCCAAGACCCUGCUGUCCGGCUCCGCCUCGGUGGUGGUCAAGCUCACGGCGGCCGUGGUGGCCAUGUCCAUCGUGCCCGUGCCCGCCAAGCCCACGGAGGGCCAGGACGUGACGCUGACGGUGCAGGGCUACCCCAAGGACCUGCUGGUGUACGCCUGGUACCGCGGGCCCGCCUCCGAGCCCAACCGGCUGCUCAGCCAGCUGCCCUCCGGCAACUGGAUCGCCGGCCCGGCGCACACCGGCCGCGAGGUGGGCUUCGCCAACUGCUCGCUGCUGGUGCAGAAGCUGAACCUCACCGACGCCGGGCGCUACACGCUCAAGACCGUCACGCUGCAGGGCAAGACGGAGACGCUGGAGCUGGAGCUGCAGGUGGCCCCCCUGGAGUAACAGCGCCGCCCCGGACACCUCCCGCGAGAAGACCCAGCCCGUGCCACCCUCGCCGCCUCCCCCUGAGCGGAAGGUCUCCGUGGCCACGGCCCUCUGUUCUCCCGCUCCCACCAUAGUUAGAGCCGGCAGCGCCUGCGCCUCACCGAGCUGCCGGACGCCAGAGGCCAUAAACGUGCUGGUGAAC